AGGGGAGCCCAGCACAUCUCUGCCCUCCGGCGCUCCCCGACAAGGGGGCAGCGGCGGCCGAGGGCACGGAAUGCAGAGCUGCCCCUGCGGGUGAGGCCACCCAUGACCGGGGAACCGGUGAGGGUCUGAAUGGGAUGAGUCCCCGGAAGAGCUCCCAAAGUCACGGUUCAGGCCGUUGGCACUUGGGAUCCUGGACCCAUCUCCCUGUAAGGGGGCUACCUCUGUAACUCUGACCGGUGUGAUCUGCCCCCGGGCACAAGAGGACCGCGGGUGCGGGCGGGGGCACGGCCACCACCAGAUUCCCGCGCUGCCCGGGAAAGACCACCCCGCGGGAGCCUCAGCGGGCCGAGGGGCACAGCCCCGGGGGCGGGGGACGGGGGGCGGGCACCCACCCGCGGCGGCCCGGCCCGGCCCGGCCCGGGGCAUGUGCGGCGGCGCGGGAGAGGCGCCCCAGAGCCGCGGCGCCGCUUCCUGCCGCUAUAAAUAGCCGCCCGGCCCAACAUGUCCCGGCCGCCGCAGCGGCUGCAGCGCCGGCGGGACCCGCCGUCCCCUCCCGCCGCCUCGCCCGCCCGGAGCGCGACUGCUCUGUCUUGGGCUGGACGCGUUCCUCCUACCUCCCGAAGCCGUGCUGGCAGGCUGGGAUCCCUCCCUGCUUCCCCUCUCUUCCCCCGGGGUUGGGUGCGUGCCCGCGGUGCGGGCGGCGGUGGCCUCCGGGCGCAGCCCCCGGCCCCUCCCGGCAGCUCGGACCGUGCCUCUGCCCGAGCAGAGGAGGUGGCUCGUGGCAUCCUUGGCCAUCCCUGCUGCGGUACAGCCACGGCUGUGGAAUUUCGGCUGGCAUGGCAGGGUGGGAAGAGCCACACUGGGGCUGUGGCACACGCUGGAACCUUGGCAUACACCGCUGCCCGCACGUGUGGCAUCCACGCAGGGCAUGAUUUUAUUUGGUCACAUACUCACGCAGGUGUUUGUGUGGCAGCCUUUCUCUCUCAAGUGCUUUCGUCUGCAGGGAAUGUUGAGGUGGACUUUGUAGGUUGGCUUUCUGGUAGAGUCAACAAAGCAGGUCUCUGCCCUCCGAGCUGGCUCCUGGGGGCUUGUGAAAGGAAUCAGUUUUGGCAACAGCAAAUAGUCUUCAAGUUUUACCUUGUCUUCCCCUUUGUUUGCUUCUGCUACUCUAAUGGUUGUGCUUCAAUUUCUAACAGCUCCCGCAGAGCAGGACUGUAUGCCUCCUCGGAGUGUAGGUGUUCCUCAGCAGCUACUAUGUAUCCUAUUUGAGCCUCCUCUGUAAAACAAAAGUGAUACAGCAAUUGUCUCUGGCAAUAAGGUGUGCUUGUUCAGGAACCCACGGUGAGGUACUUCUAAAUUGCUCCUUUACUCUUUCUCAAAGACAGGGCUGUAAUAAGCAGAUGUUCUCAGUUGUCUUGACCUCCAGAGAGUGGGCAGUGUGUUUUGCUCCUUGUUCACACCCUUUUUAACUCUUUCUACUUUCCCCUCUGUUUCCUCUGUCCAUUACCUUUUCCAAGCCCAGCUUGGGAGGACAGUGCAGAGACCUAAGAGGCCAUCUGAAAAAGAGGAGGUCCUCUCAGAGUCUGUUUAGCCUCUGUAUGUUACUCACAGUGCGUCCUGCAGUGAAGGCAAGAGGGAUGGCAGUGCUGCCCUGGAGGGACCUGCUCUGGCAGUGUACCUUUUCAAGUGCUGUGAAGCACGAGGCAAGCUGAGCUGGCAUGUACUUUCCCCUCUGCUGUGAGGGGAAGGAACACACGAGGAGGAAAUACAGCUGUUCCAGAGCACUUCUGCCCCAUGUGCAACAGGAGCACGUGAGAGGAGGACACGCAGAAAGGGAGAAUCAGGAAGAGAAUAUGAGAGAGAAUUGGUGUGGGGAGUUGAGGAAAGCUACAAACAGAGAGGAAAAGCUUUUUAUAUAUGCACAAAUGUUAUUUAAAGACCUGUUUAGCUAGGCAAGAGCAAAUAUCCUAAAAUUAAGAUUGUAUCUCUUGAAUCCCUGUUAUUGUUCCUCCAGAAAGCACUGCUUUUCAUUCCUGAAGUAUUAUGUGUCUUUCUGCGUCACUCUUCUAGGCUCUUCAGCAUCCUCUGACCUCAAGCUGAGCAGGAUGUUGCCCUUAGCAUCUGCCUGUCAAAUGUGUAGUUCUUCAUGUUGUACAUGAAAUGAUUAUUUCCAUAGUUAGUUAAGGCAAGUUUCCAAGGAAUGUGAAGCAAGAGGCACGCCAGUUCCUCUGGCUGGCCUUGACUGGAGUUAAGUUUUUUGGGGCAGGGGACUGUGCCCUGGAGGCUGUGGUUACUGUACAUGUUACCCUUGGCAGCUUAGGGGUUCCUACCUCUGCUCCUGUCCCUCCCACCCUUCUCUUAUGUCUUAUGGCUGCUCAACUGUUCCUCCCAACUGUGCAGCAGCUGCUUCAGCCUCUACCGGUUAUCUGUGGGGUUGUGCUCUAAAGUGAAUUGCUGAAAAGUUAAGAAAUCUGGGUAAGGAGAAAAGGAGAGAGCAGCUACUGCUCUGUCUGUAUAGAAGUCCUCUCUCAGCCCUGUGCUGACUCUCCCCUGCCUCCUGCUUUGGGAUCCCUCCCCCCAACUAAUGGGAAUUAAAACAGUUGAAGCUCUCUAGCUGAGUCCAAACUGGUGCUGCUGCCUUGCUAUUUCUACUGAAAUUACAUAUUUAACUUUCUCCAUCAUUAGUUUGCUCUCUAAAUGGCAUCAGGUAGCAAGGUACUGUGUUUGGCAACUGCAUUGCUACUAAACCUUUCUCUUUUUUUAUUCUCUUUUUUUUCCUAAGAAAACCUGAGAGUUAUAAAAUUGAAGCAGGGCUUCAGUGCUUUUGCCUGUAUAACACAGUCAGAAUUGAAAAUGUGCAUCUAGAAAAAGAUACUUGCUAUAGAAGGAGCAAUUUCCCACCUGUGAGAACAGGUAUGAUUUUUAUAUCUGAUGACCUCCAAACCCUGAAAAAGCCACUGAGGAGGACGAGCAAUGCUAAUCCCUUUGUGAAGGGAGCAUGCUGAAGUACUGUUCUCUAUUACCUACAGUGCUUAAAGUUCUAACAGCUGUGUAAUCUGCCCUGCUUGUAUAAACACCAAGCUGCUUUGGAGGGAGAAAAGUGUAUGUUGGUGUUGUCUGACAAUUGUGACAUGAAGACAGGAAUACAGAGGCUUCCCUUGGAGGCGCAUAUAUUGGUUUUGGUGUACAUGUAUAAUUUAGUAAAAUGUCUUUAUGCAACAGCCUUGAAGUUUUCUGUGCCUUUAACUACAUUGAAUCUCCAUGUGGUUAAUGGAGUUAGGUAUAGAAACCAUAAAAAAUAGUGAUGCAACAGAGGGGAGGAGUUCUUUGAAGUUUAUGCUUUUGCCAAGGUAAACAUAUCUGCAUUGUGACUUCUUUACAACAAUGAAGUGUUAUCAAAAUUCAAAUCUCAUUAAAUGUUUUUGUGUUCUUUCUACUGAUUUCUCUUAUUCUUGGCUCCAAUGUGAACACUUUCUCCUUUUCUUCAUGUGGUGCACUCUAACACUUGGUCUGUGGGAUCCCUUAUAAAAAGAGACUUGACUGUCUUGGUUCAAAAUCAUUGGUGCUAGCUGUAUUUGAGUAGGGCUGGGGAGACCAGUCUUUAUAUGGGGAGAUAGUUAAGUUCUGGGAUAGUAGAAGAGAUUUUGGUAGUAUUAAAGAAGAGGGUGCUGGAAGUAGCCACAAAUCAUCAAGGCAGCUACCUGUCCUCUGUGCUGUUAAGACCUACUUGUUUAGCUCCUUACUUCAAAUAUUGACGUGAAAAUCUAUUAUUGAAAGAUAACUGCUGAACUGUUAGUUGGCAAAUAGCCCAGAAAAGGCAUCAUUAAAAACUAAAUUUAAGAAAGAUGUCUAUAAUCAUGCUUUAGUAGAAUGCUUCAUUUAAAGUAUUUUGUGUCCUUGUGGCGACCAGUAUGAUAGUGCAGUGCUCUCACUUAGCACCAGCUACGUGUGUGCGUAUGUCUGGGUACCUGAACAGGAGGAAGAAGAAAAUAAUGAACUGUUUACUAUGUUAGUACUCUGUUGUGAUUCUCUCUGAGGACUCUGUCACUGCUGCUGAGCUGAGAGUGAAAUCUGAAUAGUGAAAAGAUUAUUUUCAGUGGAAAUAACCCUGAACAUCAAGGCCCCGAAAGAUACUGGGAUCACUCUUCAGUCUUGCAAGCACACAAGUCUGCAAGAGCAGCUGUCCUUGGGCCUCAUCCAAGACAGUUGACAAAGAUCAGUCAAGACUGUCUCUAAGGCUGGAGAUGCAAGUGGCGGGGGAGCAGUUUCGUCUAAAUCUGAGAGAUCAAAGGAGUUCAGAAUAGAAAGUUUUUCCUAAUUCCUGGAAGGAGAUAAACGGGAAGCACAAGGAGAGUAGUUUGAGAGUCUGUUUUGUAACACUUAACUCAGCCAUAACCUCAUUAGUGUUCUUCAUUUGGAUCCAAUUACACAUAAGCAUGCUCUGGAGUUAGAAUGUAUAGUUUUGUAACUCCUCAAACUACUAAGAAGCAAAAGUUUCUAAGAUUUAAUGUGUUUUUGUGGCACCCCUCUCCUUAAUCUCCUAGGUGUACGUGUGUGUGUAGCUCCUGCCCUUUCCUUCUUGCAACAAAGUCCAUGAGAAAGGCCCUUCUGUCCACCAGUGCAUGCUUUCAUGAGAGCUCUCUAUCCCAUUUGAGCUCAACCUGAGUACGUAUCUCAUGCUGAAGAAGCUACAAGAUAUUCUUUAAUGGGAAGUAAUACAGAGGUUAAAAUAAAUGCUCUUAGCAGGUCAGUGAGCCUGAAAUAGCUUGUGCAUGUUUCUGUCGUGAUAACUUCAGGAAGUGAGGUGAUUCCCUCUUCCUCCCUCUCUUUAAUAUUUUUGGUGAAUGCUGUGCUUGAGUGCUGAAAUCCUCUUGCCAUGAAGAGCAAGCAAUGUGGAGCAGGCUUCUCUGUAUUUUCCUGGAUCCUGACUUAACAGGACCAGAAGUGAGCCCUAAGAAGAAACUGCAUCCUUCAGCAUGUUUUCCUGCUUCCUACAAAAAUUGCCAGUAAGGUCCUUGGUAGUGAGGGUGGCUAACCACUGAAACUGGUUGACCAUAGAGACUGUGGAGUCUCUGUUGUUGGAGAUGGUCUGAAAACUGGUCUGGAUAAGGCUCAAGCAAUCUGCUCUAAACCAGGUUAGCCUUGCUCUCAACUACAUGAGAUCCAACAGUUCCUUCCAGCUGGCUGUAGGCUAUGUUUUUGCAUUACUGGAAAAGCAUGACUGCUUUUGUCUGUCCCCAGAACAUGUGGGAAUAAAAGUGGUCUCAAAACAUCUGAAAAUGGCCUUGAGAAGUCUGAAUAAAGACUUCAAAAAUUGAAGUACAUAGAGAAGCAUAGUGUAAGGAAGUAAUUUUGCCCAAAGUCUCAUAGCAGCAGGUCAGUGAUAGUGCUGGGAGAGGAUCAGAAAUCUUCUGACUGGCAGACUAGUGCCUUAGUAGCUAAAAGAUUCUGUCUUUAAACAUAAAACUACCUCUUUUUCCCUACUCAACUGUUUUCAGAUCACUUGGCAACAGAGUCUACUCUUACCCACUGACAGAUCCUAUUCCUUUUUUUUCUUGUUCUUGCUUUUUCUGUCAUAUUCAUAGGCAGUUUUAGUACUAAAGAACAAUUUAGUGCACUGAUUAUUUUCUUUUCAGGAAACGUAGAAAAUCAGGUCUGGAAAAGAAUUUGGUGAAAUAAAGACAAGAGCUGCAAAGGAAAUUUUUAGAAAGUGAUGUUAUUCCCAGUUAGUUGCACAACAAUUAAUCUCUUAUUUUUUAAGAGAGGAAAAGAGCAGAGAAAGCUGUACACUGAAUCCAAGUUUGAAUCUCUCUUUUUUUUAAAAAGAAAACUCUCACUUGAAAACUUUUAAAAAUCUGUAAGCUGAGAAGAACACAGAUCAGCAUUUUAAAGAGUAUCAUGGAAGGAGUUAAGCUGUGAUUUAACUGCAUCUGUGUUUCAAAUCCAAAUGCUACGAACAAGGCACCAUUCAGAUCUUCAGUUAUAAGUUAUGCUGAAUUCGUUAUGCUGUGUUUGUUUGAAUUCUGUUGAGAGGAGAGAAAGAAAAUCAUGUCAGAUGGAAAAAAAUCAUUACUCUUGUUUUGGUAGCUUGUUUUUUAAGUGAUGAAGUAGGAUUCUCCUUUUUUUUUUGUCUAGCACUUACGCAGAUCAUCUGCUAAUUAUUAGCAGCUGUGGAACUAUGGAGUUGCAUAAGCAUAACUAAAAGUCAGUGGAGCCUUGCAUCAUUCAGCAGAUCUAUCCAUUGCUUGUUCUCCACAAUAACAGUUUUGUAGCUCACUUGACACAAGUCUCCAAAUGUUAAGAGGGCAUCAGCAGGCAUGGCAAGUUGGGAAAUCCUUUAAGUCGUAGAAAUCAGAUAGGAUAACGCGCUAUUUUAUUGUUGCCACAACCUGUUGUCCAGUUAUACAUGUGCACUGAUGUUCUGUGAAGAGGGCUGGGUGUCACAGUAAUGCCCUGUAACAGCUGAGCUUGCCAGCUACAUAAAGCUGAUUUGUCUGGGCAGCUUUGUGUGGAAGAUAGGUAUGGGUGUUAUGCCUGGCUGCGGUGGAAGCAAGGCAAGUGUGAGUGCUCACAAAUGCAUCCCAAAUUAGCCACACUCAGUGGUAUGGCUGAAUACAACAGUCUCUUUUAAGCAUUACAGAAGGCCUCUUUACAAUGGGAGCAUGUGUAGAGCUGAGAACUUGGAAUUUUUUGGGAAGGGAAAUACCUACAGUGCACACACCUGAGUGUGCUGAUAGGGGCAGCCCAAGGCUGGCAGGUCCAGCCCCUGCCCAUAGGUUUACGAUACUGGCUCAGCACACUGCAGGAUUUGGUUAGCAGUGUGAGUUUCUUUACACUGAACCUGAGGCUGUAGAGAACUUAAUCUCCUGUGGUUCUGACUUUUAAAUUACAGAAUAUGUAAUUAGUUUUCUGAUCCAGACUCUGGUUCUCUGAUUUUGUUUUAAGGUUAUUUUUUUCGUGUUGUCUUCUCUUUUGCUGGUUUAAGGAUCUUCUUAGACAAGAGAGACUGAAAGGGUGAGUGUAGUGUGCAAAAUACAAUCCUUAAAAUACUUGUUCUUGGGAAUUAAGAGAGAGUUUCAGCAGAUAGUGUCCCUCUAGACCAGUCCAUGCACCCAUGGCUCUGAGCUGUGCUCUGGCCCCUUUUUCAAAAACAAAGAGGGGUUUGCCUGAGCUUCCAUUUUUUCCCAACUUUUUUUUUUCCCCUUUCUUUAAUUUUCCCCUUUCCCCUAUUUUUUUAGAGCAAUGAUAUGAACAGUUAAGUGAGAACUGCUGCCUUAAAUUAGAUUAGUGGUGUCUCUGCUAUUUCUGCUGGGAACAGACAGUGCCUCAUUGGCUCACCUCACUGUCAGGCUCUGAAAAUGGUGGGACCUUUAGCUACCCUCAAAUUACCCUGGUCCCUGAGAAAAGCUGUGGGUGCUUGGAGGUACCUUGCAGCUCCAGCUGAAGUAGCAUUCCAGAGGUGUAAGGGUGGCAUUAAUCAGGAACCUUCCUUUAUGAACCUAGUCUAAACAGGAUGAUAACUGUGUUUGUAACUAGCAUCAGCUCGAUAGCUGUUUAACAGAAAGACAUGGAGGACAGAAAGUAUUUGGUGGGGAGAAGGGAAGGAUUGCUUAUUCUCCCCUUCACUUUCUACCUGAGGAAAUGUUCCUCAGCUAGUAAUUCAAGGAUACUUACUUUGAUGCCCUUUUGGAUCAAUUUGACUUGCAGUUUGGCAAACAUGGACAGCAUCAGCCAGGCAGUACUGAGCUCUACAAUCCUCUCUUCAAUUUGCUCCAACUCAUCAGUCCUCCUGUGACUGUCACAUCAUUCACUGCUCUGCUCAUAUUCUGGUUUACCUAAUGUUGCCUGACCUACUUUGCUUAACAUAUUUCCAAAACUGUUUUCCUGGCAGGGAGAUGCAAAAGAGAAAAUUUUCACAUUUGAAACUGCUGAAAACAGUUUUUAAAGGAAAUAAUUAAUGUAAACUAUAAAAGGUGCUGUGUUGUGCAUGUUGUAAGUAAAGAAACCACGUGCUCACCAUAAGUGAGUUUGCAUGACUCAGUGUAAUUGUCUCUUAAAUUUAUCUCUCUUUGGUCAGAUGCUCCUUUGUGUUUUUCAUAUGGUCAUAUGUCUUAUCUUUGAUUUUAAGACCACUGAGAUAGGGAGCAAUGCCCAGUAGAAAUACAUCUUCUGUUCCAGUGGGAUGAAAUGAAAAAUCAAAUGAUAGCAAUGAGGUGGUAAGGAAGGUAUGCAAGUAUGAUCAUUUCAGUUUUAGGGAGAAUGCUGUUCAGCUGAGGCCACAAAGGCAACACCUACCAGUAUAUUGUAAUUUCUGUCUGCAGGUUGUGUUUUUAAACCACUCUGGACUAAUACUGCUUUGAAACAGAGAGAAAGAGAUUCCUUAAAAGUACAGCUUUACCUAUCAAUAGUUCUGAUGGUAUCUUGGAACCUGAAACUCUCAAAUGGUGGCAGGCAGCCCAAAACUUUGUUUUAAUAGUAGGCAGAAGCAAAUCAUAAAGAACUAAUUUUCCCUUGGAACUUCCUCCUGUAUUUUCAAAUAAAAGUUCUGCAUUUGAUCUUAAUAUGUGGCUUAGGGAGGGACAGAAAAAUUAUUUCAUGCACAAUUUACUUUAAAUAGAUUAUUCUUAAUUGAAUUGAUGGGUGUAAAUGAACAGCUCAUGUUCUUAUCUCAUUUGAAGUUAAAACUAAAGAUGAUGAUGCUUUUCAGAGUGAAGCAUCUUACUCUGAGGAGUUGCUGCUUACUUAUACUUACUUGUACCCUUAGGUGGAACUACAGCAAUAUUUAUUUCCUCAUUUAUUGGUUAUCCUUUUCCUAGCAGCUCUCUGCAGGAUCAGUGUCUCCAAGUUUUAUUAUAGCUUUUUCUUUUUUUUUCAUGUGUGCAUCCUUAAAAAAGUGUGCAUGCUGACUGGUGUCAAGAGGAAGACAAAUUAACUUGAGCUGCUAUAGGGAACUAGAAAAUUAAGUGUUCCAUAACUGACAAACAGCUUGAGAUGACUGGACAAGUUCCCUCUUUAUUCAUUUAAAAUGUGCCAGUUGUUUAGCAGAACAUCCCUGAUAAUGCGAGUGAAUUGCAGGGUAAAACCCAGUUGGAUGUCAUCAUGUGCAGUACUUAAAUGAGAACACUGAGGGGUUUUGUGCUGCCAAGGGAAAGAAUUGUCAUUGUUUGCUUCUGGUUUGUGUUACUUUAGAAGUUCCCCGAGAAAGUUUCCUCUUAGGAUGAAUAAUGGAGUUUAUAGUAAGAAUGGUAUAUGACUACUAUUUUUUGUUUAGACUGAAAGCUUUUAUUCUUCUCAAAAAUAUGUUUGUUCACUGUCCGCUCACUAAUCAGCAAGAUUGAGGAGGCCUUAAAGAAACCAUGGUAAUUAUAUCACAUGAUGUAUAAUACCACAGCAUUUACAGAUUCCAAGGCCUUUGCUCCAGGCCAUCCACUGUAAGAUAUGGAUAGAAGUAAAUGCAUAUAGAAUCAAAAAACCUGCAAGAAGGGAAAAUUUUAAAAAAAAAAGUGUAUUUUCAUUUUAUUCCCUUCAUAUAGAGAUAAAGAAAUGUCCCACUGCUAUUUCUUAUUGAGGCUUUAUGCUCUAGGAAGUGAGAACAGAGAUACACUAAAAAAAUCACUCUGGACUAGCAAAAGUAGAUGCAACCCUGGCCUUGAUGUAAGGUUGCUGUGAGGAAUCCGUACUGGGAUGAGACCAGUGGAGCAGGAUUGCUCCAGAUAAGGUCAGGACAGUGUUUCCUAAGGCUUUUCUCUGGGCUAUUUUUUUUGUUGGGCUUCUGGAAAUGCUCCCUCUGUUCUCUGGUAGACAAUGGUGGUUAUUUUUGGAAAUCAGCAUCCUAAAGGCAGGAUUGCCCUUCUGCUCUAAAUCUCCGAUGCUGAUAUCUUUUUUUUUUUUUUUUUUUUCCAAGAUUUGCAGGGUCACUGUGAUGUGAUUGUAAUGGUGAGGGAAAAAACCAGAUUAUUUGCAGGCAUGUUGGAUGUAGAAACUCUUGGUUCUGUCCAGUGACAUUGUCACAAAUUGCAGUCUCAGUUUCUGUAUUUAACUCUGGCACGUCCAGGUCCUGGUUUCUUCAUUUCUCAGCGGAGCAUAUGACCCCUGGUAUCACUGUCAUUUUCUGUAAUGUACAUCAGUUCUGGAUCUCAGACCCUGUCACAAAGGAAUACUGUCUGGUAUAGGACAAAUAUAAAAUGAGGGAAUUUUUAAAUAGUUCUUAAGGGUAUAAUUAUGGAAAUAGCCUCAUGGACAAUCAAGGGUCUUCAAAACUAGAAUUUCCCAAAGUGAAGUGAGGUGCCGGCUUUGGCAUUAGAAGUUGAGAGAACAGUCCUUGUCCCAUUUAGUAGCAAAACCCCCAAAGUUAAGUGUCAUGGAGUUUACUUAAAUCCAAACUAGUAACAUCAUGAAACCUCAAGUAGGUAUAUACAGCCUGUCUCACAGCUGGUGCAGCCGAGCCCCUGCUGGCACCAUGUAGCAUCAGGGAAGCAGGUGAAAAAACACCUUUAGGCUCCUGCAGCGUGUGGGGAUGCUUUGAGGCAUUGUUGAUGAGAGCUGGGGAGUAUCAACUCUCAAUUCAUCCUCUGUAAGGAACUGUGCUGGGUCUGCUGGGACUUGGCCCACAGACCAACUGGAACUGUUGGGCUCUAGCAAAAUGCCUGUGACUAAUCUUUUCUCCCCAAGGGGCCCAUGCUUAUAGGAUCCCCCUUACUCUGGGGCAGCUGUGAUUUUUCAGGCUGAGUAGGAGAGUUUUUGGUGGUCCUUGCUGUUUUCCUCUGCACUGUUCUCUUAGGUCACUGCUGUGGUGCAGCCUCUCAGGAGAGCCAGCCAGCUUUGCUGAAUAGUCUAGAAAUUGAACUGCAAGGCAUUUCUGCUCUGUUAGCAGCACUUGCUUCAAACUACACAGUUGGGGGUUUCUGUUGUGCAUAGGUAACACCCUUGAAGCCAUAAGCCAUAUACUUUAAUUUUUCUGUUCUCUACUGGGUACUUGGCCUUUUGCUAGUGGGAGAAGAAAUAAGCAAAACACAUGUAGAGCGGGAUGCCGACAGAUGAUUCCAGGGUCAGUUAUAGUUGUGUCAGACUUCUGCUAAUGAGAGAGACCUGUUGUCAAGCUGUUUUGAGCCUGAAUAUCAUACCACUGCCUCCACUUUCAAACUCAGCCUGCACAUUUGGGUUGUCCUGAUUGUCAGUUCCCAAACAUGUUAUGGGAACUUGCAUAUCCAAGGCAUGAGAAGCCCAGCUCCUUUUAUUUGACUAGCUGUGGGAACAGCAGGAUAGUCUAAUAGCCUUUUGAGGUAGAGGUGUUGCUUUAUAACUUGUGAGUGCAGUCUCCUGGUUACUGACUCAGUUUCAGCAGUUGAUGAAACCAGAUUUUGAUGAAUGGCAAUAUAGGGCAUUUUAUUUCUAAAUCAGCAGUUUGUCUCUAAGCUGGGUGAACUGUUACUAAACAUUGCUUUCUGUCAGGUUUAGCGUAGUCUAAUGAAUUGGUAAUGAGUCAAUGAGUUGGUAAUGCCAGGUGCAAGACAGAAUUUCCUGCUCAAAAUGGCACUGAAUGACUUCUAUGCUGAAAGCCAUCAUGAAGUAGUCAGAUUGUCCACAAGGUUGGAAACUCUUCCCUGAUGGCUAACUGAGUAAUCCUUUUGGACCAGGACCAACACUUGACACAGUGGUCUGAUCAGUCUCACUUAGAUGUGUCCCAUGUAGCUACCCCUUGUGUGCGAGUGAGAUGUAGGAUUUCACAAUAGGGAUGAAUUUUUUUUCACCAUCUAAGGAAACAGAGAAUGUUAGUCUCCAAGGCUGAUCUGGAUGCUUUUCAUGGACUCUGCAAAUUCUCUGUCACUUUUUUAACUACUGCUCUCCUAAUUAAUAGUAAUUGCAUAGAUAAUUAAAUUAUAAUGUGGUAUAUAGUGUAUAUACAUAUUCAUAUACUGAGCCUCCCUUUUUCCUGUAUAUUCUUGGGAGAAUACAGUUGUCAAUGAAUAUUAAUGAAACAAAAACAUAUGAUUUUGCACAUGACCUGAUCUUGCUCACCUUACUUGGGCAUAGUUCAAAUCAGUAUGGGAUUGCUGGCACUGGUCCCUAAGCAAAGGAUAAAAGAUUUCAUCCACUAUACAACAGAGAAGCUGACUUUAUUUUAUAAUCACCCAGCAAGUAUGCAGAGACUCACAUCUGUGGCUAUAUUUGGCAUCCAGUUAUUCCUGAUGUGGACUAUACUACCCAUGGGAAGAAUGCAAGAAGUGGACUCAAGUUCCCAAAGAUUGGGACUUACUUUACCUUUGAAAAAAAUUACAAGGGCAUGAGCUUUGGAUAGGAAAUUGAGAAUGUAAAGGGGAUAUAAACUAAGCAGCAGUAAUAGCUCUAACUAGUGAAUAUUGUUUGCGUGGCUUUAAUACAUACACAUACAUAAUGUUUGUGUAGCUUUAACAUGUUGUGGUAGGUCACGAUUUCUAAAGUGUAGAUUUGUCUAACUUUAUUUGCAUAUACAAAUAUGUGUCUGAAUACAUAUGUACACAAAUGCUGAUGGGAGAUUUGAAUAUAAAAUAUUACUCAGAUUCAAGUGCGAUCUUUUAAAAACAGUUGUUUUCCACUAAAAUAACCAAGUAUAUAAAAAUUCUUCAGCUAUUUGCAUGAGUCUGAAAAUUUUGAAAUUGCAGAUAUGAAUAUUUGGUGAAGACAAGUUGUUCGAUACUAAAUAUCUUUUAAUUUUGCCGUCAUAGCAUGCUCAUGUAUUGAAAAAAGGUACUUGAAGCCUGGGCAUGCCAUUAGCAAAGUAUAACAGAAAAACAGCUGCUCUAGAAUAACAGCUAGGCAGAUUUUACUGGGCAAAGAGUAUUGAAAAUACCCUUUGGAAAGGGUAUUUAAUUUAACAUUCUUAUGUUAAUGGACCUGCUGAGUAAUCCCAUAUUCUUUGAUAGGGUCAAAGAGAAACUGUGUCUUAAGCUUAUUUUAUAAAAAAGCGACAAACUAAGAAAUUAGGUUUUAUGUGAAAAUAACCAUUGGAAACUACAACUAGUGCUGUUCCUUUUAUUAAAACUUCCUUUUUGGUUUCUGAGAGUACAUUAAGAUUAUUAGAAAUAUCUGUGAUGAUAUGAAGGGACUCCUAAAGGACAGAAAUAUUUAGAAAUAUGUCUUAUGAGAUAUAUAUAGAUAUAUAAAAUAUCUAUGCAGUGCAGAACUCUUCUUCAGGAGUCUGUUAUUGUCUAUAUUAUAGGAGCAAGGAGGGCAAGUAACUUUGAGAGCAAGGUUUGUCCAUUCAGUGGUUUUCACUCAAGUCAAGAAAUACAUAGGCAUUUCUAGGCAUAGUAUAUUUUCUUAGGAAUGGCUUUUAUUUACAUGAUUGUCCUCUUAAAGGAGAAUUUGUGGCUAAAAGCAAGAGUGGUAGCUGAAAACAUAAUGUCUCAUAUGCCCGUAGCUGUGUAAAGAGUUUUGUCCCAGAAUUUCUUGGGUUUGGGGUUUUUUUCCCUGGUUUCAGACAGGACAUUUCAGACUUUUUAUUUUCACAUAUACAUGGCUACAGCAGGGGAAUCUACCAGAAAAUUUUUGUCCAUCAGAUUUUGUUCACAUCCUAGAUGAAGGACAAAAUGGAUUCUGUUUUACCUGGUAUGAUUUUGCCAUCCCCAAGGAACGUGUUAAUAUUUCAUCAUUUUGAAGAAAUAUAGUGGGCAACAUUAAAUAUUUACAUCACUCCAAAGUCACACAGAUGCCACCAGGAUACCUAGCUCUACAUCACACAUGCUCUAAUUCACCUCAAACACCCACUGUUUACUAAUCUUCAGCCCCCGUCUGUGCCGAUAAUGAGAAAGAGGAAAUGGAAACAGCAGGGUUUAUAUGCUACUGAGAAGUCCCAGUUUCCAUGCCUGGUUGUAAUUCUUUCAACAAACUUGCCGACUGUGCUCCUGCUUUUAAGUUUGGACACCUCUGUAUCAGUGCUUGGCUCUGGUGAUUUGGCUAACAGAUUUGGAGUUGGUUGGUUGGUUUAUUUGUAGCUGCACAUUAGCAGUUCCACUCUAUGGCUUACUCCUGCACUCACCUUGCCUGCUCAAAGUCAGGAGCAAUACAGACUGUUUUGCCUGAGAAGUGACAUGUUAAUUUUUCAUAUUUGCUGGUGAUGGGUACCAGAGAGAAAACAGCCCCCAACAUUUCCACUAUUCUGUGCAGGGGGAGGGUGGGUGUGUGUGUUGUAGCCAUAUUAGUGAAGGGAGGGGAUUUCCAUAUAAUGAAUAAAUGGGGACCAUUUUUAUAAGGCAAGAGGUAUAUUGAAUGCUGGGUUUCAGCAUGCUCUGUUAGCCUGGAUCACCAUGUCCAGUAUACUCAGAUGUAUGGACGUAGGGUAGUGCAAGUUUCUAAUCUAAACCAAAACCUCAGAGCCCGUGAUUGCCUUUUUAUCCCAAUAGCACAGGACAAGCUUAUCAUUUGUGCAAAUAGCUUUACAGCAGUGUCUAUUAACAUCCCUGUGUAGCUUAUCUGUUAGGCCACUGUGCAAGUUGUUAUUGCUUCUGGGGUGGUCCUUUAUUCAUAAAUCAAACGGUAUUUGAUCUCAUGGCAAGUGAGGGGAAGUCAGUUUAUGGUUUUAAAAAUAACUUGUGCCAUCUGCAGGGUUAGUAGCACAUGCCUCCAUGAAGUACCCAGAUGUACAUAAAGAAGAGCUUCAGGUAUGCUUUCUAGUGAGAAGCCAAGGAGAGGGUUUUGUCUUGUGUAUAUGUAAGGUGAGACAUAGCAUCAGUUGCAAGUCAUUUGUUUACACAAGAUUACUGCCAAAAAUCCCUGUCAAAACUUUGCUCCUCUGGAAGGUGCUAGCCAACAGAUUCUUCAUCUGUGACAAGGAUGGAGAAAUAAGUGGUUUGUUCACAGAUUAUAGAAUUUAUCAGGCUUCAUAUGUUUCCCUUCAUGUCUUAAUGGUCCAUAGUCAGAGCUGGCAGAUGCUCUGGUGUCUGUGGUGACUCAGCAAACCCUGCUGUGUGAGACCUCUGUGGACGUGGUGGGUCUCCCCAGUGUCACACAGCUGCCUCUGCUGUCCCUGCAGUGCCCUCUGCAUGGCCCCACUGAAAGGCGUGGCGAGGUGCUGCUGCACUCUGAACUUGGCUGAAGCAACAUCCUGGGAGGCUGUUUUGCUUGGGCACAGAUUAAAAGUGAUUGGGAGACUGCUGCAAGCUACCUACUGGGCAAAUGAAUUCUUCCCAUCUUGAACAGCCCUCAGUGUCUGGGGGGGAUAUAAAAGUAGAUUUGCCCCACCAGCAGCUCCAAGCAGAGCUUUGGCACAGCCCAAUGUAUGUGACUAGAUCCUCACACAGAGGUUGACACAUUAAAAGUGACUUUGUAAACGCAGCCCCUUCUUAAAACAGAGAUAAAUAACCCUUCUCUUGUGAGGGAUCCCGGCUGUCUGAAAGCCCCUGUGGGAGCAGCUGGGGGAGGACAAAGAAGCAGUGUGCUGAGAGCAAACAUGGCCACUUCCUGAACUCUUCAACUUCCCCUCAGUGCCUCUGAAGCUCAGGGUCUGGUGUAUCAUGUCUCUGCACGCUUACUGGGGGGGAAAAUGCUUAAGCUGCAUGAGCCUUACAGAGCUCUCAAAUGUCUUCCAGUGUAAAUAAUACCUUGGCCAUUUGGCCCAAAACCUUCAGUGGGGCAGAGCAGGUGCAUCUGCAGACAUGUGUUUGCACAUGCUCUCCUACUACAGCUACAGGAGCUCAGAUGUGUGUGCACAAGUAGGGGGGUAUGUGUGUGCUCAGAAAGUAUCUCAUGUAAAAGCAUCCACUUUGUGGACUAGUUUUGGGGUGGUUUUCCAUCAUGAAUAUAUUUUGUUUUGUGUGGGUAUCCUUUGCAUAUUUACACAUAAAAUACUUACAUCUCUUAUUAGCUAGGUGUGAUUUGUUCAAUACUUAGCUGCUGCUCUAUGAAAUCCUGUUGUUGCUACCUCUUUGUCAGAGUUCAUUACUCCCACAUCUCUGUGGGAUCCUCAAAACCAUUGCCACUUCAUUUCCAAUGGGAUUAUCCAGAUUAUUUUAACCCACUGAUAAAAAUUGUUGGAUCUAGUUUGGCUCAUUUGAUAGUAGUAAACAAGCAAGCAGUGGUAGGAAGCCCUGAGGCAGCAGAUAGGAAUGUACUCCCUGGCUGGUGGUCACAGGGAGGCUGCUCACAACACUGAUGUCUUCAUCUGGCACAGGUUAAUUUAAAAGAUGACAUUUUAGUGGAAACCUCUUAAUUUAUGUAGAAAUUACAUAGAAUGCGUCAAUUUGUGGGCAGAGAAGCAGCUGCCAUUGGCUUGGGUCUCUCACUGUAGCUGUGGUUUUGUGUUACAGCCUGGGUAGUGGCUUCCUGCUAACACUUGUCCCCUCAUGUCUGAGAAUGAGAAAAAGAAAAAAAAAAACUGAUCACCCUUUGACCACUAGAUCAGUUCCUCAGUGUGGUCCAUGGCACAGGCUGUGGAACCACCGUGCCAACACACUUGAGACAACUGCGGCGUGUGGUGGGAGAACUGAAUGGUGUUGGCAGGACAGCCAUGAAUGAGUGCCAAAAGCUUUGCAUCCCAAAUGUGCAGCAUUGCUCUCUGUUUAUUCACUCGCUUCCUACCUUCAGGGUCUUCACUUUCCCACUUAGGUGCAGCUAAACCCAAUCUGUGCUCCAGCACAGAUGUUUGCAGUCAGUCUGUAAGGGAACCCCUCUGGCUUUGUAACCCACUGCCUUCACACAGUCCUUGCCAGGCUGAUCAGCGCCCCAGGCACUGGAUGUCGUUAUUUCAGCUCUCACUAAAUAAAGGGAUAUUUAAUUUAUCUCCACCGCUUUCCAUUAGCCUGAUUGAAGAGUAUUUAACAUGUUCCACAAGGAGCAUCUUCGAGCAGAGCAGUAUCUCCUUGCUGACCCUGGUAAGACCAUUCUGCCUCUCCUCUGAUAUGGUAGUCUUCAAACUUUAUCUCCAGGCUAUGUCAGUAUUUCUGGUGUUGGUACCACUUAGGAUUAGAUUGCCUUUCCAAAAUUCGCAUGACUUUAAGAAAAAUAUGAUAAAGCAACAUGUAUUGACUAGUCCUGUAAACGUACUACUCUAAUCCAGGACUUUACUGUCCUUCCUUUUGUGACAUAUAUUCAGGCCUGUUCAUCCCUGCACUAGUUAACAGUAUAUGUAUUCACACUGUUACAGCUGAGAAAACCCUACUCUUCUGAAGACAUGAACUACUUUUCCUAGGACUCAAACUUCUGUUUGCCAUAUUCAAAGGAAAAUAUUUCUGAAAAUUGCUGAUAAGUGCAUCUGUUUGAAUUCAUCAACUCAUUACCACUAUGAAAAUUUGAUAAACAAAUAUCCUUUAAGUGAAGUUUCCCACACUUGCAGCGUAAUUACAUUCUCCACUACUGCAUUUGUUUUCUCUUUAAAAGAAGCAGGGGGAACACUGAGCAGAAUCACAUUCAGCAUUUGAUAUCAAUAUCAAGAAAGUACAGAAAGGUCCAUUGAAUCGUGGAGUGAUUCAGAAGGCAGUAGAAGAGGGCUCUCUGGCUAUGCAAAAAUGUCAGUGGUUCAACAUUAGAUCAGAAAUUUCUUAAACAUGCUGUUAGGGACAGUUAGUUGUUUCAUCUGAUUUUAAAACAUCAGCAAAGUGAGUCUAGCAAGGUGCGGUGAGGAAGUGUGGCGUCACAUGCCACGCUACAGGAAACAAGACCGAAGCUGCUGAGGAAGUUCAGAAUUGGGUGACCUCCAACGGAUUCAAAUAGCACAGGUUAGUCCUCUUAAAACAUCUCUUUAACUAUCCUACAGGGGUUCUGCAUGUGUAUUUUCACUGACUUUUGGUGGCAGUGGAUAAGGAGUGGUCCAUAUGGCAGUUGCAUUAGCAGGUAGUAAAUAACGUGGGCUUUCAGAGCAGAAUGGUACAGGGCAAAAAUAGGAAGCUCAUCUGUGAGUUAGCUUGGUUUGUGAGAAGCUUGGAGCAGCCUACCUUGCAGUACAACUGCAAUGUGGACCUGAGUCACGUCAGAUGUGUGAAUGAAAUCUUCUCUGUCUUGUUAAGACUUUCAUAUAAUAAGUAAAAGGUCUGAAUUUUUAAUAGAAGUAUUCAGUAAAUAAAUACCAGAAAGUGCUUUUCCAAGCACAGGUUAAAACCAUUGACUGUAGUGAAAACUUCACUUUGUUUGUUUUGGCUGUACCAAGUAGCUGUUCUCUUUGAUUUUACUGGUGUAGUCUCUUGUUAAGGUUUUCUCUUAUUCCUGGUGAUUUCUGUUGAGGAAUUCCAUCACGACUUUUCUGUGCUGAAGGGUUUUGAUUGGGAACACAAUCUGGAAUAAAAUGGCACUUGGUCGGUUCUGGAGAACUUGGGAGCUCUCAGAGGGAGACUGUUUAAUGGGAUGUAUGUUCUGUACUCCUAUGCAAAAAUAUAAUUCUUACUUUUAAAUUACUAGGGGAUUGUGUUUAAUUAUAAAUCUUAAAUGCAAAGUUGGAAUGAAAGUUACAAAGAAAGCAACCUUAAUGAUGAUAAAAUGUAGAAUAUAGUAGUAAUACUACAGAGAAUAUGAACAAAUUAAAUCCCAGCACAGGGCCUGCAUGGUGCUGGGAGAGCAUGGGGGGAAGAGGAGGUGAGGGCCGCACAGGGCUCAGGCGGUGGUGGCAAGUGCCUCCCCCCUGCUCACCGGGCAAUGUCACAACCUGUGAGGCAGAGAGGCUUGUACAGUGGCAGUGGCAGCAAUCUAGCAUGAAAUGCAGCUGCUGGGGAUGACAGUGCUGUAAAAGGGCAUGACAGAUGUUAAAAUCAGAUAUAUGAGUGUCAGGAAAGUGUUCCUAAAACUGCCCAUACUUCUUCCCAAAUAUUUUUAAGAACAUUUCCCUGAUUAUGUAGAAAACCAGACCAAGCUGCACAGCUCUCUAAGCCUCCUCAUCCCACCCAGCGUGUUCAUCCUGUUCUCGGAGUAGAAACAUCUGCAUAAGAUGGAUGCAGUGGCUCCAGACAGACCAGGCUGCCCAAGCAGGGAAGUACUCGCCUCCUCCCGCGCAUGGAAGUGGAUGCUGCAUCUGGCCCUGCUGCGCGGCACUGAGGGUCUGGGCGAGAUGGGAAUAGCGGGGCUCUGUUUCUGGGAAUGACAGGGCUCUGUUUCUGGGCAGUUAACAGAUCUGUGGCUCAGCCUUGAGAGCUUGCUCUCAUGUUUCAAGCUUUGAGGUUUUACACACAGAGAAGGCUUUGGCCUUAGCUGGGCUCCCCUGCUUCUGUAAAACCAGCAAGUUUGCAGAGAGCCAAAGUUCUGCCCCAAAUCAGCCUUUCUGAUGUAUUAGGGGUUAUAGCCUUCACCAGAGCACUGUUUAACUAGGAAUGUGAUUUAAAAGCAAUUUAGUAAAAUCCCACUGCAGACAUUUUCAUUUCAGUCUAAUCCUGUCUUAGAGUGGCUCAUCUCAAAUAGAUUAGGAGUUGGUUUAAGCUAAAUAUAAUGGCUCGUAAACAAUAUAUUUGAGCCUCCACGCAGAGGCUUGUGCCAGCCAUUUGAAAUUGAAUUAAAAAAUAAACCAACACACUUUCCUAAAUAAAUAAACCUAACACUUCUACUCUGCUACCAGGAGUGAACACAGGCAACCAGGAUUGAAAGAGCAGGAGUGGUUGUUGAAGAGGGAGGAUUUCUGAAUGGGCUCUUUCCACCAGCUUGUAUUAUGAAAACCAGGGAAAGAAUGUUUCUUCCUCUAACAAAUUAAAAAGGAAAUCUGCAAAAAGAGGAAAGGGAAUAAAGAGCACAGACUAAACAAAAUUGAAUAAAUAUGCAUUGGAAUUAGAGAGAAGGAAACCAAAAAAGAAAAUAGUAAAAAAUGGAACCAGAUGGGGACAAAUUCUGUGCUCAGGAAAAAAAUGCUGCUCUUCUGUUGAACUUCAGAAGGAAGAGAGACUGUGUGCAUGUGUUUGUGUGUAUUCAUAGCAUCUAUGGAAGAAAAAUUCAUUUUUCUGGAUUUUUUUUUAAUUGUUUAUAUUUGUUUCUUUCCCUUGGCCAGUGUUAGUGUAGGAGUUUUUAGGUUUGAGAGAACUUCAGUUAGAUGAAAGCAACAUUAAAGAAUCCUUAAUUCUGCAAAUAAACAGAAUAAAUCACUCAGUGCCACCUUAGUCACUGGCCAGUUUUGCUCCCCAAAAACUACUCGUCUGCAUUACUCUGUUGAUCUUGUGUCCACUGUGCCCUUGGAUCCACAUCCACAGUAUUCUACUCUCUGCAAGGGAAGAAGUAGGAAUUAAGAUGUGCAAUAACACCUAAUGCAAACCUGAACUGCAUGAGCCAGCUUCAGAGAGUUUAUAGCAGGUUUCAUUUCACCACAUAGUGUAUGCAAAGAUUUCAUGGCAGUGAGAGCUGGAGUCUUGAGACUGGUUUCUAAAUAGAAGUAAAUCUGUAAAAUGCUGAAUGGUUACUGUUCUUAUAUUUUAUUUUAAAAUUACUGCAUUGUUAAAGACUUUUUUUUUGUUCUAAUGCUAAAUAUAUCAAAUGGACAAGUGUAUCUUUUGCUGGGAUAUUAUUUGCAGCACAUUUCUGUCACACCUUGCUAGCUGUUCCCUCUGCCUUCCUUGCUCCCACACAUGAAUGCAAGUUCUGCAAGUCAUUUCUGUAAUUAGCUGUUAAAAGCAUCUAGACAUUGAAGAAGGUUAAUUUUACUUUUGUUUCAUUGAUUUUUUUCAGCUUUUGCCUGCAUUUUUCUCUAGCUUAAACUAUAGAAACCUCCUUAUUACAAAGCUAGUCAUCAAACCAUGUCUCUUAUGAGGAGCAACUGUAGUAGUGGAUAAUUCUGUUCAGUCUUACCAUCACGUCCAUCUACGAGGUUUUUAUGCUUUUCUGUUUUCCCUCCACCAUUUAUAUUGGCUUUUACUAUGCUAUGCUGAAGUUGGGGAAUUAUCUUAAAUUUCUUUAAGAUCAAUUUGGAUUCUUUGGCCUCAGGGACUGAUAUGGAGAGCACAGCCAGUGUGUUUUACUGUUCUAAUUCCUCUUUAGAAGGAGAGGGGCUCUUCACGUGCUGCCAGUUUCUCAUGCAGAAUUUCAAUUUAUGCAAGCAAAUACAUAGGAGAUAUGUACCCAGACUCUGUGAUCCCAAAUGGUUCACAAUUAAUAGUUCUUUUCUUCCUUGCAGGAGUGUGCAACCUGGGAAAUGUUUUUGCAAUUGAAUUAACUUCAGGAAGUGUAUUCUGGAUGAAUUGACCAGGCCUCCUAUUCUAUGAAAACAUCUCUCCUGCUGGUGACCAGGUUUCUUAGCAAGAGCAGACAGAGCUCAGCCUUCCACCAUGCCUGUGCCUCCCCCUCCAGCUCCCCCUCCACCCCCAACACUAGCCUUGGCAAAUACAGAAAAGCCAUCCCUAAGCAGGUCAGAACAAGCAGGGAGAAAUGCUCUAUUAUCUGAUAUUACCAAAGGAAAAAAGCUCAAGAAGACUGUUACUAAUGACAGAAGUGCCCCAAUUUUAGACAAACCCAAAGGACCUGGUGGAGGUGGCGGCGGUGGCUUUGGAGGAGGUGGUGGUGGCAGCGGUGGGGGUUUUGGUGGUGGCAGUGGUGGCGGCUUCAGUAGCGGUGGACCACCAGGCCUUGGAGGCCUUUUUCAAGCAGGAAUGCCAAAGCUCAGAUCUGCUGCAAGUCGGGAUGCCGACUCCGGGGGAGGCCGCCCGCCCGUCCUGCCGCCCGGAGGCCGCUCCGCCGCCGCCAAGCCGUUCUCGCCGCCGAGCGGCCCGCCGCGCUUCCCGGGGCCCCCGUCGGGGCCAAGGACCGCCGCCCCCGACCCGCAGAGGAGCCGCCUGCCGCCGCCCAGACCCGACGCCGGCUCCAAGCCCGAGGCGGCGCCGCCGCCGGUGCCCAGCACGCCUCGGCCCAUCGCCUCCAGCCUGCACAACCGGGGGUCGCCGCCGGUGCCGGGCGUGACCCGGCAGCCCAGCCUGGGGCCCUCGCCCCCGCCGUUCCCGGGCAGCCGGGGCGCGGGGUCGGCCGGGCCGCUGCGGCAGCCCGGCCCCGGCGCGACGCCCCCGUUCUCGGGCCGGCCGCCGCUGCCGCCCACCCCGGGCCGGCCGGCGGAGGACAAGCCGCCGCCGCCGCCGCCCCCCGCCGGGCACCGGCCGUCCGCCGCCCGGGACGGGCCGCUGCCCCCGCCGCCGCCGCAGAACAGCAAGCCGCCCGUGCCCGCCGCCCCCCGGCCCGCCCUCGGCGCCCCGGCGCCCCCGCCGCCGCCCCCCAGCCGGCCGGGGCCGCCCCCCGUCCCGCCCGCCCCCGCCGGCGGCGACGAGAUGCCGCGGCUGCCGCAGAGGAACAUCUCGCUGGGGUCGUGCCCGGCGCCCGGCGGGGGCCGCUCCGGACCGCUGCCCCCGCCGCCCAGCGAGAGGCCGCCGCCGCCCGUCAGGGACCCGCCCGGCCGCUCAGGCCCCCUCCCACCACCUCCUCCCAUAAGCAGGAAUGGAAGCACUUCAAGGGCUUUGCCCGCUACUCCCCAGCUGCCUUCCCGAGCAGGGCUGGACAGCCCAAGAGGUGGACCCCGACCUCCGCUUCCCCCAGACCGGCCGGGCUCGGCAGCACCACCGCCGCCGCCACCACCUUCAUCAGCUGUCAGAAAUGGCUUCCAGGAUCCAGGCGAUGAUGAAUGGGAAAGCAGAUUUUCUUUUCAUCCUCUAUCUGAUUUGCCACCUCCAGAGCCAUAUGUGCCCAUGAACAGAAGUUAUCCCAGUAAACUAGCAAGAAAUGAAAGUAGAGGUGGCUCUGUCCGAAAAGAAAGAGGUGCCCCCCCGCUCCCACCUAUACCAAGGUGAAAUGGGUUCUGGCCCAUCUUUGGGCAACAUCUGUUUUCAAGUUUCCUUCGAGUCAGUUCUCCUGUCCACAUCAUUGGAAAGUUGUCUGUCUUGAUUUAUUUCCACUUUUGGCUUGUCAGCUGGAACUACUUCAGUCUCUAUUACAGAAGUAAUAGAUGCGGCUUAGGAACUGUAGUUGCUCAAAGCUAUGAAUUUUAUUUGCUUAUACUGCAGGCAUUUUGUGGACCAUACACAAUAUACGUGCACCGUGCUCACUGUGUCCAACCCUGUCCCCUGGAGAGCUCCACGGGAGGUCUGGCUUUGAAUUUGAUAGAGCUUGAACAAAGCUGUUUCAUUCACUUUGGGUACAGUGGCUGUAUUAUUUGAAUCACGAAGUAUUUUAUGUUUAAAAAAACAGUUGCUGGGGAAAAGCAUGUAAACAAGAGGCCCUUGGAUCCUUUUUUGCAUGCCUAACUUGGCCCAUCUGCUUCUGGAGGCCAUAGACCUACUACAUGGUGACCAAGAGUUCAUCCUUAACUUUUUCACUUCAGAUUAGCCACGGAAAUCUUAAACAAUACGUAGCACAUCUUGCCUCAAGGGUGGAGUGUAUCUGGCCUUGUUUUCAUCUGCAGAGAAUCUUCCAAAGAAAAGCACAAGUGAAGAAUUCAUCAGCAUAAAAUCUCUAUAUUUUUUUUUUAAUCCCUCUUUCCUAGUUUUAAUAGUGUUAUGCUUCCAAUGACCAAAUUCUUUCCUACUCUGAUGUGGACCAACCCAGGGUCAUCCAUGCCCUGGAUUACUGUAAUACCCUCUGCCUGAUACUGCAUGUGAAGAGUCCUCAGAAAGUAGUCUUGGUGCAAAUGCAGCAAUUAUUGUCAUUGCAGGCUCCUCCUUUAAAGCAUCACUAAUACCAGUGCUCCACAGAUUGCUUUCCAGUUAUUUCUUUGGUACAAUUAAACGAUGGGUUUUGACUUAAAAAGCUUCCUGGGACUUAAGUCACAACUCUCAGAGAGCUUGUAUUUGACUUGCAUUACAGCAGAGCAGCUGAGGUCAAAAAUGUGAAGGCCCUUUGGUGUAGUGAAGGGGGCCUGGGGUUUGUGCUUUCAAGUGGAAGCAUCCAAAAUUUGCUGUCUGCACUGGUUCAAGAGAAAUGGGAAGAUAUGGUCUUCUGAGUUUGCCAUGAAGCCUGUCCUUUCAAACUUUGCUGAGAGGAUUCUCCACAGAAAGCAGCAAUGCUUACAUUAGUAGAAAAGAGAGUGAAGUAUUCUAACAUUGUGACAAGUGGUUAAUAUGUUUAAUGGCUUUUGCAUUUUUAUAUGAGGAAUUGUAUGACUGAAUUUUACAAGUGGAUCUAAACACAUGUAAAAUGCUUUUGGAAAUUAGAGGAAGAUUAUAAUUCUGGAUUUGAAAUAUUGCUGAAUGAAAUAUUGCUCUUUGUUAAUUGGACCUCCAAAGGUUAGCUCUGAAAAAUUUCACCUGAGUCUCAAUAUGUUUCUUCAAAGUGCUCUUGGGAUCCCUACCAAGCCUGUGUCAGCAGCCAUUUUUCACUGGGUGUUGCUCAAAAAAACCUAAAAACCAUAAAAACUAGUCAUGUAGGUUAAGAAAAUGUUUCUCUAGCAUGGGAGACAUGAUCCUAAGUACAUUCUGCAGCUAGAAUGAGGUCAAUCCUUGAAAAAUUAGAGACUUUAGCCAGAGAGUCUGGACCCCACUGCAUUGUCUGUGCAUAGGGCUUUUUGCUCUUUUUGUGAGUGUUGAGAGGCAGAUCCCCUUUCUGCCUGACAGCCUGGACAGACACAUUGAAGGGGAUGAGACAGAGUUGGAUUUGGCCAGAUCAAAUUUAAUUUGUUCUUUCCAGUGUUUGUUUACAAAAUCUUUUUAGCUGUGAUAGAGUUUGAUUGUGUACCUGUUUUUUACAUUUUUAUAUCUAAUGACCUAUUAUAAGUUACUGUUUACGGUCCUGAACCUGCAGUUAAAUGCGCAGGCGCAGGGAUGUAUCUACAUCUAAUUGCAGGAUCGUGGCUGUAAGAGUUUCUUAAACAGAUACUAGUGGGACCUCCAUGUGACAGGUGCACCUUGGGAUCAAACCUAGCGCAAUAUUGAAUUUGUAUAUGUAUUUUAUGGAUGUCACUUAAACAAAGUGCCUGUCUCUUUGGGAUAUUAUUAUGUGAAUAGAAGUCCAAAUAAGAUUUUUAGGAUAAUAACUUAAAGGAUAAAUUAUUGUAUUCGUGUUUUUAAACUGAAGCACUUAAAACUUUCUAAGAGACAACGUUUUGAAUUUAAGAAUAUAAUACUUUCAGUACCUUGACCUGCCAAAUCUUUAUUAAUAUCCAAAUAGCUAUACAGCCAAAAAAAUCCCUCAACCCUCCAGAAAUUAUACCUUUUUUGAAACUUACCUGCUUCCAAGAUGGUUUACUUUAGUAAGUCAAUGAAAAUGCUGCCCAUUGUUCUGCCAACUCUCUGUUUCAUUCAAAUAUAUUAUAUUUGAUCUUUUCAGCAAGGUUUUCCGACCAGAAAUCUGGACCACUACCAAAGUGGUAAACUAGCUUUAGUUUCACUUUAAAAUGUGCUAUGUAAAAGGCCCUCAGUUAACAAGCCAAGAAACCUGACCUGCCUACAUUUUAGCGAUUCUUUUUACUCUACAAAUCUCUUCAGAAUGGAUGUUUGGCAUACAUGUAAAAUAGCUUAACACUGCAGAAAGAGGCAUUUUUCUUCACCUAACAACAACUUUUCCAUUUAUAUCUUCUGCUAUAAAUGUCCCUAGAUAUAUUCCAGAACAAUGCAGCAUUUUAUCAUUCAAUAUAUUGCUUCACAUAUCAGUAGCUAUUUACAAUAUGAUCAGUAUUAAAGUAUUUAUUUCACUAUGAAGUGUUAAAAAAGAAUAAUACGAAACAGAUUGAAUCAAUGGUGCCUUAUGACUUUUUUAGUCAACUUUUCUGUGUCUCACUAGAAAAAUGAACAGACGUUGCUCUUCCAAGUCCUCACGUAAAUAGUGCCGACAGGAGCGUUCUGCAGUGUCUGAGCCAAGCACUGCUGUUACGUGCCCAAUCGGCUCACCUCAGGUGGAGCUCAGUGAGUAGGUGAGGUGUAUGUGGGCACUGGUUAGCUUCACAAUCAGUUGUUGGUAUUGCUCUGAAAAUUUAACUCUUUCACAAAACCAGUGUCUGAGGCUGCUGUCCACACAGCCCAGCUGACUUCAGUGUGGUUGCAUAGGUUAUUACAGGACUAAAUUUGAUUCACUGCUUGCAUGUAAGAUUUGCUGGGUUUGUUUCAAUGGCCUUGCAUUAUAAACUUUCACACCUCAAACUCUCUUCUUACAUUAUCACUAAGACUCACACUGUGUUACAAUGGCCACGGAUGUUCAUUUUUGUUUAAUUCAACUCCAUAAAUAAAAUGAGAAUAAUUUCUAUACCACGUGAAAAUAAUUUUUCCUCUAUGUUUUUAGAAGAAAAGUGUAUGUUAUGUUUGUUAUGACUUUCUGCACCAACCACUGGGCGAAGAGGUGACAGUGAUUAAUGUUCAGAGUUGUUAAAGGAAACUGAGCUUGUGAUUCAGGAAGCAUAUAUUUCUGUAAAUGAAAUAAAUAAGGUUGCAAAGUUCCUGUUUAGAAGCCAGCAUUUCCCAACACUAAAAGAAUCAUAAGAAUUAAUUUUUUUCUGCAAGACUGAACUGUUAAAAUAGUUCCUUAAAUUGCCACUUAAAAAACUGGACAGUAGUUACUCCCUCCAGCAACAACUGUUUACAUGACUCUUAUAGAUCUGCCUUGGAACAGAGAAUGAACUAAAAUGCUAUCAUGCUUUACAUAUAUUGUAACAACAAUUUCCUGUGCAGAAGUAUGGAAAUAGAAAGGGUACUUUUUGCCUUGGAAGCAAAGAAUGAAGUUGAAUGAUCAAACUGAGAUUAUUUCAAGCAGAAUGUCAAAUGUUGAGAGACCUAGAGAGGGCCCCUCAGCCACAGGACACUGGAAAAGAGAAGAUUGGUCAAAGAAAUAAAAAAACAAUUGGCUGAAUGUUGUUAUCAAUACUAGAGUAAAAAUUACAAUAUAAAAUGUGCAUGUAUGUAGUACCACAUUGCGAUAGCGUGAACACCUUCGUCUCACAGUCAGGUGCAAACAACUUGUUAUGGCGGUACAUUGACUCUGUGUAACAUAUAUUGUAUGUAUUUAAUCUUUCAAACAGUAUUCACCAGAAAAUAAGGAGAAUCUCUCACCUAAGCUAUCCAGAAGCACAUUAAGUUAAGUUCAUGGAAUGGUUCUUCACGUAUAUUGGGAGAAAACGGGGAUCUCGUAGCCUGUAAGAUGGAUGUGACUGGACCAUUCAGUUAAAAUGUAAACCUGGAACAUUGGCAAAAAGGGGAGUGUUGGAGUAACUCAGGCAGAAGCAGGGCACAUGUGUAUGGUCUCAGUGAGUGAGUAUGCAGCAGGUAGGUAUGCAGACUAAAAGAGAAAAAUGGAAACCGCAUGUCUUACAAAAGGGAGUAGCCCUUCAAUAUGCUGCCAUUUUGAAAUACAGUUUGUGAUAAAUGUUCUUUAGUGUAAACUAAUGCAUGCAGAGGAAGACAUCUAAAUUUGGACUUCCAAAGCCACACAAGAGAAAGAAGCAUGAAACAUAGGCUGAGCAGAAAGUAACAUGUUUUUAUCAGAUGCUUAAAGUUUGAGCUUUUUAUAAAAUAUUAAUCUAGUUCUGUGAAUUUUUUUUGCUUAACGUUUAUUUUGUAAGUGAUUUUGUUCUCCCUGUUUUUCUGUUCUAUACCAAAUAAAUUUUACUUUUAUUAUAA